AUGCUCCCACAAUCCGAUGCUGCACCCAUCAUCACAAUCAUAUGUAUACUCCCAAUCCUCCUCAUCCUCAACCUUAAAACACACCGACAAAGACACCCACGUGGCUGCCGCAGACUAGGCCUGUCCCCAGGAAAAAGCAACCUCCACGACGAAUACCACCCUAAAUACACCCAGGGGGUUCCAGAAACCCACCACGACGCCAACGGCAAGCCCUCAUGGCGCAUCAAAGCCCUAUUCACAUAUCCAAUCAAGAGCUGUGCUGGUGUCGAGCUGGAUGUAUCUGAUGUCGUCCCUACGGGAUUGAAGUAUGACCGGCAGUUCUGUUUUGCUGAGUAUGUUGUGCCUAAACAGCAGGAUACUGAACCGCAUUGGACGGCGAGGACGCUUCGUGAUAAGCGCUUUGAGCGGAUGGCGUUGCUUAGGACGGAGAUUUGGGUGCCUGAUUCUUCGGCUGCAGAUUAUGCGCCGGAUUUGGAUGAGGUGAAAUCUGAAGGCGUGAUGGUUGUUUCCUACCCGCGGACGUUCGCUGGUGCCACAUCUUUCCUAGGGAAGCUCGGGAUAGCACUGGGCAUUAUAUCCAAAGAACGAUCCUUCCAGGUUCCCCUCUCGCCACCCCCAGACAACCUCCCAUCCUACCCCUGCAAACCCGUUAGAAUCUGGAAAGAUUCCCCCAUAGCCUACAACUACGCAAUCCACAUCCCUCCCUCCCUGCACACGUACCUAGCCUCAGACACGCUAACCCUCUUCCGCGCAAACCCCUCUCACCAUCGCGAAAUCUUCCGCUGCGCACCACCAAAGGAAACACUAGGCUUCCAAACUGUCACCGAUUUCGCAGAUGCCUACCCAAUCCACCUCCUCACCCUAUCCAGCGUGCGCGACGUAGCUUCGCGCUGUGUGGCUGAUAUUCCGCGUCUGAGCAUCCGGCGCUUCCGCGCGAAUAUAAUCGUCCAGGGUCCUGCGGCGUUUGAGGAAGAUCAAUGGAAGAAGAUUGUUAUCGGUGGUGUCGGGGAAGGGGUUGAGGUUCAUACCGUUUGUCGGACGGUGAGGUGUCGGCUGCCGAAUGUUGAUCCGGAUACUGGGUUGAGGCAUCCUUGUGAGCCGGAUCGGACGCUGCGCGGGUAUCGGAGGAUUGAUCCGGGGUGUUUGGCGUAUGCUUGUUUGGGGAUGCAGCUUGUUCCGGCUGUGGAGAGAUUUAGGGUAUCAGUGGAUGAUCCAAUUUCUGUGCUGGAGAUAGGGGAGCAUUUUUAUAUUAAGAUGUUGGCUGCUGGGGAGAAGAUCCCAGGGGAAUAG